GGUGAAAAAAAAGAAAUCAUUUGUCACCGAUGAAGUAUCCAGAAAUGAUGCAAAUGAUGCAAUCCACCACUGCACUCUACACGAGACCAUUCCCAACAUCGUCCGUCAAAGAGCACACGACAGCCGAUGACGUCCAAGAUGACGUCACAUCCCUCACGACCAAAAUCGUGACGUCGCCUCAACAUUCUCGUGCAAAUUCCCCGAGACAAGUAGCAGCAACCUCUCCACAAAUCAGGGAAACCACCGCCGAAGACACCACCACAAAAUCUUCUGAAAAAGACAAAGACUACCACCAAACCGAGAACAAAGAGAAUUUAGAAUCCUGGCCUAAAUCCUCAGAAGAAGGCAGCAGUCCUUUACACAUCGUCGAAGAAGACAUCGACGUCCAGAACGAUGGUGAGACAUCUAACGAUGGUGCUGGUGGUGAUUUGAGGACGACUUACGAAGGCGAAAAAGAUUUGUCUAAGGUGGAAAACACGUUCACGCUUUCGGCGAAUGGUGGUGCCGGUGGUGAAAGUGUUGGUGACAAUUUGAGGACUUACGAGGGCGAGAUGACUCUGAUGAAGUUGGAGAAUUGCCAUCAGUGUCUGGUGUGCAAUUUGAAUUUUGCUACGAGGGAACAACUCGAGAGGCACGAGAGCCAACAUCCGACUGCUACUGUGUGUUGCAAAACUUGUAAUAAAACAUUCGCCAACGUAUACAGACUCCAGAGACACAUGAUUUCGCACGAAGAAAGUGCAUCUUUGCGAAAAUUCAAGUGCACAGAGUGCGACAAGGCCUUCAAAUUCAAACAUCAUCUAAAGGAGCAUGUACGGAUUCACAGCGGCGAAAAGCCCUUCGGAUGUCCCUCCUGCGGCAAAAGGUUCUCUCACUCCGGUUCCUAUUCGAGCCACAUGACCAGCAAAAAGUGCCUGUCCAUCGGAGCAGGACACAAACAGCAGCAGGCAGCAGGAAACGGAGGAAUUCAGCAGCUGAGUAAAGGUUUACCGCAGCCUAGUAAUGGUCAGAUUGGAGGUCAGGCUGGUGUUGGUCAGGCGCCGCCUGCGCUUUUACCUGUCAGGUCUCUGCUCAAUGCUCUCAAUGCGAGCCCGUCGUCACAGUUGCAUUUGAAUAAUAAUAAUAAUUUAAAUGGAACUCCUGAUGCCAAUCAUUUGGGCUCUUUGAAAAAUCUGGAUUAUCCCAUGGGAUAUCGAUCCUCUGGUGCAACCACCAACAUUCCAAACAAUGGUGCAACUGCAUCAGGAAAUACCUCUGAUGCCUUCUUAGCGUUCUUGGCUGCAAGCAGAGUUUUGAAUCCAUUUUAUGGUUUGGCUGGUCCACAUCACCAAUACGGAGAACUUUUGCGCCAACUACAAAUGCAUCAUCAUCAACAGCGAAAUGAGCAGUUGUUUGCAGCUGCUGCGAGCAACACACAGCAACAGCUGCUGGAGCAGCAGAGAAAAAGCACUCCUGAUAAAAUGGAAUUGGGAUCUGAUCCUGAGGACAUGAUCGAGGAGGUCAAUGCUGACGAUUAUGAGGAAUAUGAGAACGAAGACCGUGAAUCAAAACCUGUGAUACCCGAAGACCUGGUGCCUCGUGCAACUUCGUCUCCUGUUGUUGAACGUCAUCAAUCGCCUUCAUUACCAGAAAGACGUGAUUUGACGUCAACGUCACCAAAGGACGUUGUUGAGACACACGAAGAGGAGAAUUCUGGAGGACUUGGAGGUUUAAAUUCGAUUUUGGAGAAUGUUAACGCUUGCGUCACCAAACAAUUUUUGGCUGUCAACAUGCACAGGUUGACUUCUCCGACUCCUCCUCAACAACCGAGUCUUCAGAACCAGUUGCAACAAUCUUUAGAGUUCAGGAAACACGAAGGAUUGGCAGCACAAAUGGCUGAAACUUUGGCACUUAGGAAUGAGUACUUAUCGGCAUCCAACAAAUAUCAUUUCCAGGAUCAGUCUGCCUCCGGCAGAUUUAGAUCUUAUUUGUCUGACGGUUUGGGAAGUGGGAUCGAUGCCAUGGAUGGUUUGGAACCAACUGGAUUCAUUAAAAGAAGAGACUCGUCAAGUGAUCCUGAUGUGGAUGAUGUUGCGUCUAACAGCAGUCCUUCAAGUCACGGUGAGCGCAAAGUAAGAGUGAGAACAGCUAUUUCCGAUGAGCAGCCUAAUGGCAUUAUGAGGAUGUGCGGAGUGCAACAAGGAUCCUCCAAUUGCUCAUCCGAGUGCUCACCAAUAGGCAAUGACAUCUUAACAAGAACACCAUCACCCAGACUUCUCACCAUGACCUAUCCCCUAAUCAAUCCGAGUUACACGGCCAGCAACUUUGCCCACAAAAAUGGUUAUCUAGGUUCCAAAAAGUUGUCGCCUAUAUCGAUCCAGGCCAAUUUGAACAACAACCUGAGUCAACUCACCCAGCAGUAUCAGAUGAAGAACAGUGACAGCCCGACUAACUUUUCCGGUAAGAGGAGUUGGAGCAAGAUGGUGAAGGAGGAGGAUGGUCUGCUGAUUCCUGAUGCGAAACGAAGUCAGAGUAAUGGUGGGCAUUUGGUGCAGGUCAAGGAGGAGGAUGGGCAGUUUGUUUGUGAUCAGUGCGAUAAGGCGUUUUCGAAACAGAGCUCGUUGGCGAGGCAUAAAUAUGAACAUUCAGGUCAAAGGCCCUACAAGUGUGUCGAGUGCCCUAAGGCAUUCAAGCACAAACACCACCUCACAGAGCACAAACGUCUGCACAGCGGAGAGAAACCCUUUCAAUGUUGCAAAUGUUUGAAAAGGUUCUCGCACUCUGGCUCAUACAGCCAGCACAUGAACCAUCGCUAUUCGUACUGCAAACCAUACCGAGAGUAAGAACCAGAUAUCCAGGUUGCGAACCGGCAGGUACCGAGCGGGCGGAACAUGAACUAAUAAUGGACUUAACAGAACGCAAGUACUUAAUUUUUUAAGUUUUAUCGACUCGGUAUCGCGGUAAAGUACAUAAAUAUUAAAUAUAUAUUAAUUAAAAAUGAAAUUCCAAAUCUAUUUUUUAC